CAAUCUUGAUAUAAUCACAACUUUGAACGCUUCAAUAAGCUGUGAUAAACUAUAAGGUCACUAUAACAUAUACUCUUGUGAAAUCCACAGAUCGAGAGAACCUCCAAAUGAACACGAUGGAUCAAAACUCUACGACAGAACUCAAUAUCUCUAGCAGUGGGCAGGCAACUGAGAUUUGCUUUAGGACUUAUAUCGUGAAUAGGCCAACGACCGCGUAUAUCGCAAACAGCGCAUUGGGAGUCCUGGUGAACGCCAUUCUAGCAAUUCUUGGAACAUUUCUGAACGCUUUGGUCGUGGCAGUUUUCUGGAAAACUCGGAGACUACGUAACAAAGUGUCUUACUUUAUGAUAAUGCUUUUAUCCUGUAACGACAUAUGCGUUACCGUUAUUGUUCACCCACUGUAUAUGCUGAAUUCGAUAACUGAGAUGAUGAACAAUUCGAAAUGCGUUUACAAAAUGAUUUACCAAACUUCGGCGGUUAUGUUAUCGGGGAUAUCUUAUCUUACAUUUGUUGCCAUGAAUAUCGAGAGGUACCUAUCAAUAUGUCAACCUUUCUUUCAUAUGAAGCACGUGACUAAAAAGAGAUGUUUCAUUCUCUCCGCUAUUUCCUGGCUCAUUAGCAUAGGAACAGCAAUCGCCCCCAUAGUUGGAAUGGACAUUCAGUUUUUUGUCACGGCCAUAACAGUACUCGCUCUGGGGGGCGUUUUCUUCAUAUACGUAUCAGUGUAUCGAGUGGCUAAGAAAAGUAGAAAUUCGCCGUUGCGUCGCUCAACAACACACACGUUUGAAUCAGAAGAAUCCACCAGACCCGAAAAAACAGUCUCUUUGUUUCACGAUAUACAACUUGCAAAAAUGUACGUAAUUGUCGUCUUUACUACAGUUCUUUUAAAUCUACCAAACGCAGUAGUUUUAGUCAUGUUUAGCGGCAGGGUCAAGGCGGUUGAUGGUGUGGCUCAUGCUAAAGUCUGGACACUCACAUUAAUAUCCAUGAACUCUACGUUUAAUUCAAUUAUCUUUUUCUGGGCCAAUGGGCCAUUACGAAACGAAGGUUGGAAGUUAUGCAAGAAGAUUUACAACUUUAACGUUAGAGGUAGUGACACUGAGUGAGUGCUUCCUGGGACGAAACUGAAAAUUGAAAUAAAAUAAUUAGGAUGCAGUUAUACAUAGUAAAUAGAUCCAGCUAAUAACGUGAGUUCAUCAGACGAGUGUU